GGACAAGUGAGAUCAAAAUGGCAAAGAAGCUUAAUUUGGUUGUGGCAGCGUGUAAUAAUAACGGAAUUGGUAUAAAUGGAAAUUUACCGUGGCGUUUGAAGAAAGAUAUGGAAUUUUUCAAAAAGAUGACAUCAGAUACAAUAAAUCCUGAUAAACAGAAUGCUGUCAUAAUGGGGAGAAAAACAUGGUUUUCUAUACCUGAAAAAUUUCGGCCUUUGAAAGGCCGUAUUAACAUAGUGCUAAGUAGAGAACUAAAGGAGGUACCAACUGGUGUUCAUAUAGCUAGAAGUUUACCAGAGGCUUUGUCUCUGGUAGAAACAGAGUUAUCGGACCUUGUGGAAAAUAUACAUAUCAUCGGGGGGAGCUCGGUGUAUAAGGAAGCUAUGGCGGGACCAUAUCCCUGUAGAAUUUAUCUUACAAGGGUGUUAAAGGACUUUGAAUGUGAUACUUUCCUGCCAGAAAUUUCCGAUGAAAAAUUCACCAAGAUUGCCAAUCCAGAUAAUGUGCCAGUUGAGCUACAGGAAGAGAAUGAUAUCAAGUUUAGAUUUGAAGUAUUUGAAAAGGUGUGCUAAAUAUAUUUGUAUUUUUAUUGUCUCCCCUGGCUUGUGUUGUAAUGAUAUUGUAAUGUUCAGUUUAUUUGUUUUCUACAAUUUAAAAAAAUUGCUCAUAAUUAUAUUAUAUUCAUGAAAACUGAUAAAAUCUUCCACAUAUUAGUGGUAUGAUAAUUUUUUCCCUCAUAUUAUGUAAAGAAAACUUGACAAUUGAUCUAAAUCAGCUAUUAAUAUAAGAUGACAAUGCUUUUAUACACUUACAGCACUUGUAUAAAUUGCUUAAAGGGACUCCACUGAGGUUUCUUAACAUGUCAGGACUGGAAAUAAUUUUUUUGAGACUAAUUUUCAAUUUGAUAUAGUUCUAGACCAAGAAAUAGUGUGCAAAGUUUCAGAUUAUUCGCUCAUGCAGUUUUUCUAGAAAUAUUAUUCAAAGUGUGAAAAAUACCUCAAAAUUUAAAAGCGAAUCGGACGAAGAAUAGCACAAAAACAAUAAAUGAUUAUCAAUUCAUUUAAUAGUAUAUUUUCUUCCUAAUCCUUUCCAUAUUUGUCUGU